GAUCAGCGUGCGCCGCCGUGCGAGCUCUCUCUUAUACGCUACUUCCUUUUCUGGAAACCCACUUCUUGGAUCAAUACUGUCAAGUCCACAAAGUUGCAUGAAUUAUGGCAGUCUCAGCGUCCGACAUACGCAGCGCACUUUCCUUACCAAGCUCUUCAACACCGGUUCCAUCUACAACACCAGCUCCGCGAAAAUCUCAAGGCCAGGUCACCAAGAAACCUGAGGGGAUUUCUCGAGAGCUCUAUGCACUUAUUGGACCGUCCGCGCCUUCUCUUGUGGCACAUUUAGCUAAGCCGCGCCUGAAGCAGAAGCCGACUUUUGGAUCUGGUGGAAAGGUCAAGUGGGAGUGGAGGCCAUUUAGGAAUGCAACGGAUGAUCCAGAUGCAGAAUACCCCUUUACCAAAUAUAACGUGGAAUCACAACCAUACACCUACUCACAGGAGGAAUACACGCGUUUCCUCGAAGACAAGGACUGGACAAAGGACGAGACUGAUCAUUUAUUUAGCAUUGUGCGAGAAUACGAUACACGGUGGUAUGUGGUGCAUGACCGCUAUGAGUUUUCAGACGGCCCCGCGCGCGCUCUUGAAGAUCUCAAGGACCGAUACUACAGCGUCUGCCGGAAGCUCAUCCGGAACAGACCCUGGGCAGGCGACGAGGCGAGUAAAGCCCAGCUUCUCAAUAGCUAUCAGUUUGAUAAAGACCGCGAGCGAAUGCGAAAAGACUACAUCGCCAGCCUCGAGGACCGUACACCCGAGGAAAUUGCCGAGGAAGAAGCCCUCUUCAUCGAACUGAAGCGGUUGGAGCAAAACGAACGCAAGUUCAAAAAAGAGCGCGAUGAACUUCUUCGCACGUUGCUUGGCAUUGACUCUGGACUACCUGACAUAGUUGUUGAAGAAGACGGGCCUUCUGCUCUCUCUGCGGAAGGAUUCAAAAAGAGAAAGAAAAACGGAAAUGAAAUUGAAAUACCUUCUACGCCAUCAAACAUCAUCUCUCUAGGGCCUCCACCACCAAAGAGGGCUCAGUCAGCCAAGUCAGUAGCCUAUGACGCACAACAUUGCAUUAUCAGGGUCGAACCUCCAGCUUCAUCGACAACGAAAGUUACUCAUGCUCCUGUGCACCUUCGCUCGUUCAAACUUCCCGCACCAAAGGCAGCGAUAGCACCCAAGGUUACGCAGGCUCUUGCUGAGCUGGGCAUCAACCAUACACGUUUAGUCAUGCCCACCCGUGAAAACUGUGCACAAUUAGAUUCGCUGAUCGAAGCGACCACUUCCUUGAUUGACACGAAAAAAAUCGUAGAUCGUGUAGAACAAGAUAUCCGAGUGCUGAGAGUAAGACUCGGGAGGGCAAGUGAGGGCGCAGAGGAAGAUGGCAAGGAAGGAACGCCGAUGGAGGUUGAUGGAGGCACAGGAGCCGAUGCCGAUGCCGAGGGUGAGGUCGAUGGCAGAGCGCAAAGUAUACUUAGUACGCGGAGUGGCCGAGGGCGCAAGCAGGUUCGUCACUCUCAUCACAUGUUGUUGAUGCCAUCUAAGAUUAGACUCAGUCGCGCCGAUCGAUGUCCGUGUCAUCCAUUGAUACUUCGGCAGUCCGCGCGAAUUGGUAAGAGACAGAAGCGAGGCUGA